AUGCUUAAAUUCGUGUAAUAUUCGAUAGUAGAAUAUGAUUCGACAUUCAAUCAGUCUACAAAUAUGUGAAACAUCAUUAAAUACUUGACAUGAGAUAUUCGGCUCAUUGUUCAUUCUGUUUGAUUAUGUAAUGCCAUUAGGCAACGAUACUUGGACGCGGGUAAGACUCGCGUGCAACUAAAGUAUAACUUAAUAUACGAGAUUUGAUACAUAGCUGCGCUAUAAUUGAACAGGCAUGUUCUGCUCGAAAGACGAAAAAAGCAUUACUCGAUGUGAAAAGCAAAUCGACUAUUCGCGACAACGUUUCAGAGGAGAAUCAAUUUUUGACGAUUGCAGCUGCUUUACCAAUUCUGCCAGGUGCACCAAUACCUCCAAAAUUGUCAAAGCGUUGUUAUAAUUCUUUUAGUAGUUGUACCGGAACCACCCACUUUGAAACUGAAUAUGCAGAAACUGAAGGAUGCGAUGUGGUUAUGUUACAAUGGACAGGAGAAACGAGAACAAUUGUGGCAUCAAGAACUCCUGCCGAACGAGAAAAGAACCCUGACAGAAUAUGUCUUGAUAGACGAGGUCUGACAAUGUUCCCUAAUAUAAUUGGAGAAUCGAAAUUGCGAUUAAUGUCCCUUCAGCAUAAUCUGCUAACAAAAAUUGAGAGCUCUAACUUUUCUCAAUUGACAAAACUUGUAUUUCUUGAUUUGUAUGACAAUCAAAUAGAAAAAGUGAACGCUCUUGAUCUUUUAGAGAAUCUAAGAGUGCUUUUAAUAGGGAAGAAUAGAAUAAGAAAAAUUGAAGGUUUGAAACAACUUUUUAAAUUGGAAGUUUUAGAUUUGCAUGGCAAUCAAAUUCAGCAAAUUACGGGUUUGGAAAAUUUGUCAUCGUUAAAAGUAUUGAACUUAGCAGGGAACAAUAUCAAAAUUGUAGGUUGCAAUGAUUUUCGAGGCUUAACCUCGUUAAAAGAGUUAAAUUUACGUCGUAAUAAAAUAAAAAAAUUACUAGGAUUUGAACAAACACCACAAUUGCAGAAAUUAUAUUUGAGCAACAAUGAUAUAUAUAAAAUCGAAGACAUGAGUAGCCUUGCAAAAGCCUUGCAAAUUAAAGAAAUAACGAUAGAUGGCAAUCCAGUGACUUUAAAUACCGAUUAUAUUUCUUUUUUCGUUUCGUAUCUGCCGAAUCUGCAACUUUUAUCAACAAUGCAAAUUAGCGAACAAAUUCGAAGAACGGCCAUGGCUUGGAGAUUCUCUAAGGAACAAUCAAAUUCGGCGUUCCUUGAUCUUAGUGCGCAAGUUUGUAUGAGCGUACGUAGAGAAGAAGUGAUAUCAAAUGCUAAGACAAAUUGGGAACUUCUCAGAUCUAGAACUAGAGACUCGCUUCCAGGCAAUUCCAGCAAAGUGGCGAGUGAUAAUACAGACCGCGAUAUUAAUAUAUCAUUACGUACACAUAGUUCAAAUAAAUUUAAUGCUGUAAAUUGCUCAAAGAUAAGUUUAGACAAGACUAAAGUAAAAGGUUUUGGUAGUUUAACAUCGAUAAAUGAAAAUAUGGAAACCCGUAAAAUACAUAUAAAAAAGAGAAGUAGUUCUAAUGAGAAUUUAUUCAAGUUGGAAGAUACGUCUAAGUCAUAUCCUUUGGAAUUUAAACUUCCACCUAUACUAGGUUCAAUAGUAAAUAGUUUAACAAAUAAUAAAUUCGAGAAUACAUUGUCCAAGAAUAAUAAAGAAAACGAUCGCAAAAUGAUGGUACUUAAUCAACAUGUCGAGAGUGUAUCGGACAGUGAGACAGACAGUUCCCAAAGUCACGGAAGUUUGAAAAGUGACUUGAGGUGUCAUUUGUUUAUUCCUAAUGAUUACAGCUCGUCUACAGAUUAUGAUAAAUCUGCUAUGCAUAGGGAUGUAUCUUUGAUUGCAGCAGAAAAUUUUGACAUUGGAGAUAACGAAAACCAUGCAUGCGACAAGAUAGCACUUGCUACAACUCAAACUUGUUUAAAGCAUUAUGAUACAAAAAUAAACGAAAAUAUAGGCUUAAAUAAUAGACAGUUUCAAAACGUAAAAGUAAUUCAUGGUCAAGAUGGACAGAGCGAUUGUCAAUCAAGAUCGGUUGCAAGUUCAUCUGGGUAUUACUCUUUAAAUUCAAAAACUAAUAGUCUAGACAGUUGUAAAUCAUUGUUAAAUGAUCCUAGUGCUUCAUCGGUUCCUAAGGACGUCCGCAAGUCUCACGAAUGUGAUAAGGAUAAAGGUAGAAUUAAAAGUGCUCAAACGAAAAAGGUAAUAUAUAAAAGCAAUAGAGCUGCAACAGCUAGAGCAAAAUUUAGAGCUCUUGCUUCACCAAGUCCACCUCCUCAACAAAUGCCAUCGAAAGAGAGAGAACAGGGCGGAGAUUAUUUAAUAGAAAUUGUUGGUCGAUGCCUGAAUGUAUAUGGACAAGGUGCUUUACGGUUUAUAGAUAGAACUUGGGAUGUGUCAAAGGCUCAUGAUGUCAACAUUGUAAAAUUUAAUUAUGUACAAUUUAAUGAUGUGGCAAAAGUCUUAAGCAAAUUAAAGAAUAGAUUUCCUCAUGCAGAACAUUUCGUAUUUAAAGAAACUAAUAUUAAUCUACUUGGUCAACUGAAUGCUUUGGCUGAGAUACAAGGAUUGACCAGUAUACAGAUAGAUACAGGAAAUCCUAUUGUGUCCAAGAAAUGGAAAAUGUAUGCUAUAUUUCGAUUAGCUCAUUGGGGACUUUCAAUUAUCAAUGGCAAAGAGAUUACAGCUGAAGAUGUGGAACUUGCAAAUCAAGAAUAUACCGGUCUUAUAGAUAUAGUAAUGCAUUCACUGCCAGAUUCUUUAUUACAACCUUUAUUACAAAGACUUCAUUUAGAAAAAGUGCAAAGACAAAGUGGGGAUCAAAUUACUGCCAAACAAUUUCUGUUCAAUUGUGAUCCGGUAUUUCGAAGUGUAGUUGCUAAGGAGGCGUUACAAUGGAGAAAAGGAAAUAUAAUGCAGGAAGAUCUUAUCUGGAGACAUAAAGGGAAAGUACAUUUGCUAAAUUUAAUCAAUCUCACUAUAAGUGCUAUACAUAAAUUACAGAUUCUAGAGAAACAAUGGCCAUGCGUUCUGUACGAAAUCGUUUACAAUACUCUAUCCGAUUUUUCUAAGAUGGAUGUGUACAUGAAACAUUGCAGCAAAAUGCUCGAAAGCAAUAAAUGAUAUUAUAUCCGUGCCUUAAAAAGUAUAUAUAAAUAUAUAUAUCACGAUAUUAUGUAGUUUAUGAUUUUUAAUUUGAUAAAAUAUUAGAAUCAUAACAUUUGUUGCAUUAGUUUUGGAGCAUUAAUGUGAAAUGUACGUUUGUAACAAGAGUGACUUUAUACUGUUAUUGCUAUAAAUAUAUUGAAUACGUUUGCUAGAAUCGUAAUGUUUAUAUAAAACAAUGAAUUGUAUAUAAGUAUUGUUAAUAUUUCUUUUCUCGAAUAUAUAGCCAAUAAAAAAGAGAGUUCUUUAUUAUGUAAUAUAC